CCGGCUUUUGAACUGCAGUGCUCUCAGACACAGUUGUAUUUUCUCCUGGUUAAACCAUGAAUCAAAUUAAAUUAAUCAUUUUGAUGAUCGUCAUUCCUCAAUUUCUUUCGAAGGAAAUGAGAGGAAAGGAUUGUGUGUGUGAUCUUAAAAACACAGAUCCCGCUUUCCCUGAGAACAAAUUAAGGAAAGUAGUGACCAAUGUCUCACACUGCACCAGGACCAUCACUUCAGAAAAGAUGUUAGAGAGUGACAGACUUGUGCUGGGUCUGCGUCAACGUAUCAGUCAACUGGACGACAACGUGAAGACGUUGGAGAAAGAGGACGACAGAAACGUGUAUGGGGCCGUGACUCUCCGCAUCAUUGAUUUAGAGUUAGCUGAGAUUCAGGACCUCCUGGACAAACUCAACAAAACAACAAGACAUUUUCAAAAGCUUAGCAUAGAGACUAAAACUGAGCUUAGUAACAUGAAGGACACAAUGGAGGAGCUGGAGAAGUUCGACAACUUGCAGGUGAUAAAGAAAGAACGUGAGAAUCAGCGUAUCAAGAUGGAUCUUGAGCAGUGCCACAAGGACCUCAAGCCUACGCCACCAACCCCAACAAUUUCUCCGGAAAAGGGUCACUGUGGUCUGGGGAAGAUAGUCCGUGUGUCUGGACCUAAAACUUAUUCCCUCACGGUAUACGGGACCUCUUACAGUUUUGGCGCUUGGGGCAGGGAUGCAAAUCCAGCGCCAGGAGACGAGAACAAGUACUGGCUGGUGGUGCUGUCCAGUAGUAAUGUGUAUGGCAAUUUUGUUCGCCGAUACAACAGUAUGAGUACAAUAUUAUUAGGCAUAGGACAUACAGAUACAUACAUAUCAAGCUCCAACCCCACAACUAACACAAUUCAGGGGCCAAACAUGGUCAUGUAUGGAAAUGCUCUUUACUAUAACUGUUACUACACACUCAAUGUCUGUAAGUUUAAUAUGACGACUCGCACUGUUAGUACCGUGGCACUACCUAAAGAUGCUGGUUACAACAGCGUGUAUCCAUUUGCACAUCUUGGCACAAUAUAUUACUAUACUGAUAUGGAUUUUGCCGCAGAUGAAUCUGGCGUGUAUGUUAUCUAUGCUACAACAAGCAACUUUGGAAAUGUAGUUAUCGGUAAAGUUGAGACUAGCACUCCACCUGUGUUGAAUCAAACUUGGUCAACAACUCUGCACAAAAAGACCGUCACAAACACUUUUAUGGUGUGCGGCGUGCUGUACGCCACCCGUUACUUCGAUAAAGACACAGAGGAGAUCUUUUAUUCCUAUGACACCAAAACUAACACAGAGCGCUACGAUUUGAGAAUUCAUAUCAAGAAGGUGCAGACCAAUAUUCAGUUUCUGAAUUAUGACUCCAGAGAUCAUCUUCUGUAUGUGUACAGUGAUGCCUACAUUCUUACAUAUGAAAUCGUGUUUCAGUAAAUUUAGACUCGCUUUUGAUACUAUUUUAAAAAUCAAUCUACACUGAGGAGGAAGUAGAUUGUCAUGUCCUCUUUACACUUUUUCAGUUAAAGAAUCUCUAUUCAGGGCAGAAGGUGCUUUUUUAAACACAGGUAAAAAUUUGGAUGCUAUCGCUUACAUGCAAAUGAAAACAGUAUGUUAUGGAUUUCUACUAUUCAGGGGCAACGCCAACAUUUCAGAAGUGAGGGGGGCAGAAAUGUCAAAGGAAAAAUUAUAUGGGACUUAUCCAUUUUAUUAAAAGUCCCCCAAGUACUCUGUGCCAUUAAUAGUAUGUCUUACUAAAUAUACAAAGACUAAAAUUCUGUGCAUUUUCUGCAUUUUCUUUUGCUUUAUUUUGUAUUGUGAAGGAAUUCACAAAUGUAUCAAAUUAAGAAUCUUGAAAUAAAUUACAGCAUAUUUUAUAAAAGUGUUAAACUGCUGAUUCUACUGUUUUAAUGGAUAUACAUUUACAAGAAGUGGACAAUUUUAUCUUAAGCAAAUUAUUGUGCAGUGCCUUCAACAUACACUACCGGUUGAAAGUUAAGGAUCAUUCACUCAUUUUCACAGUUUAAAAUAAUAGUAAACCAUGGAUUAACAUAGUUGUAACUGUAGGAGUUAUGCUGUUACUAAACCAACCAAAAUAAAUGAACUCUAUUCAUAUUUUAGCAUAUUUAUAAGUGUUUACCAUUUGCCUAGAAUUUGUGAAAUCAUACACAUUAAAAGCUUUUUAAACAGUAUUUAAAGAAUUUCCAUCUAUGCUGGUGCCCUGAUUGGCUGCUUUUGAUUCAUUAUUUGCUCUAAGUAAUCCAUUACAAAAAUAUGUAUUCAAAUAAAAUGAAUUCUAAUAAAAUAAAUUAAUAUGUU